AUGGAAGGCAACGAGAGUGGAGGCUGCUUCCUGCGCUGUGAUGUACUGAGCAGUGGGAGCCCAUGGCAGCAUCCCAAGGGGUUGGCACUGGGGAAGGUGCAGGGAGUCGGGGGGGGGGGUGCUGGGAAGGACGAGGUGUUCCUGCUGGGUCCCAGAGCUGCCCGGCAUUCACAUGGAUUUUUGGUGUACAAAGAGGAAGCCUCCCCACCUUGGGAUUCCCACCCGCUGAAGGAUAACAGUCUGGCUCAAGCAGAGACCCUGGAGCCAGAGAGAAUGGCCUCUGGGACCCAGAGACCCCCAUCCCAUGGGUCAAUAACAUUCAAGGAUGUGGCUGUGGACUUCACCCAGGAGGAGUGGUGCCUAUUGGACCCUUCUCAGAAAGAGCUAUACAAGGAAGUCAUGCUGGAGAAUGUGCAGAAUCUACUCUUUGUGGAGGCAGAAACUAAUAUCGAAGUGAAGGAGAUGCCUACAAAGCUGAGCCUUUUUGUGGAAGGAUCUGGCCCUCCAAGUGACAUGAAUAAGGGUCCCUGUGACUUCAUUUUGAGAGAAAACUAUGACUUUAAUAUCACGGUAAAUAAAAAUCAAAAGAGUGACUGUGAAUUUGAAGAAGUUGCAGAGAAAUUCAGCCAACAUUCAGUCCUAAAUCAGUAUACGAAAUUGACCUCAGCAAAUGACUGUUGUCUGGAUAGUGAAUACACCAAAUGCUUUCCUGAAAAGGUGGAAUUUGAUCAAUUUCAUGCAAAGCCUCCUGAAAUGCCCAUGUAUCAAGAUAACCUAGGGAGAAUCACCUAUGGCUCAAGUUUAGAUCUCACAAGACAUCCAAAAAGUAAGCACUUAGAGAUGCUUCCUGUGAGUAAUAAAGGUAGGAGACCUUUCAGUCAGAAGUCUGAGUUAGGUUCAUAUCAAAUAAUUCACUCUGGAGAGAGACCUUAUCAAUGUAAAGAAUGUGGAAAGGCUUUCACACAUAGGGGUAAUCUUGUUAGACAUCAGAGAAUACACACUGGAGAGAAACCUUAUGAAUGUACACAGUGUGGGAAGGCUUUCACACAGAGUAGCUCUCUUGCUGCACAUCAGAGAAUCCACUCUGGAGAGAAACCUUACGAAUGUACACAGUGUGGGAAGGCUUUCACACGGAGGGGUAAUCUUGCUACACAUCAGAGAAUCCACACUGGAGAGAAACCUUAUGAAUGUACACAGUGUGGAAAGGCUUUCAUACACAGGGUGAGUCUUGCUGCACAUCAGAGAAUCCACUCUGGAGAGAAACCUUAUGAAUGUACACAGUGCGGGAAGGCUUUCACACGAAGAGUCAAUCUUGCCACACAUCAGAGAAUCCACACUGGAGAGAAACCUUAUGAAUGUACACAGUGUGCAAAGGCUUUCACACAAAUUAGCUCCCUUACUACACACCAGAGAAUCCACUCUGGAGAGAAACCUUAUGAAUGUACACAGUGCAGGAAGGCUUUCACACGGAGGGACCAUCUUGCUACACAUCAGAGAAUCCACUCUGGAGAGAAACCUUAUGAAUGUACACAGUGUGGAAAGUCUUUCAUACACAGGGUAAGUCUUGCUGCACAUCAGAGAAUCCACUCUGGAGAGAAACCUUAUGAAUGUACACAGUGUAGAAAGGCUUUCACACAGAGUAGCUCUCUUGCUGCACAUCAGAGAAUCCACUCUGGAGAGAAACCUUAUGAAUGUACACAGUGUGGAAAGGCUUUCACACAGAGUAGCUCUCUUGCUACACAUCAGAGAAUCCACUCUGGAGAAAAACCUUAUGAAUGUACACAGUGUGGAAAGGCUUUCACACAGAGUAGCUCUCUUGCUACACAUCAGAGAAUCCAUUCUGGAGAAAAACCUUAUGAAUGUACACAGUGUGGAAAGGCUUUCAUACACAGGGUGAGUCUUGCUGCACAUCAGAGAAUCCACUCUGGAGAGAAACCUUAUGAAUGUACACAGUGUGGAAAGGCUUUCAUACACAGGGUGAGUCUUGCUGCACAUCAGAGUAUCCACUCUGGAGAGAAACCUUAUGAAUGUACACAGUGUGGAAAGGCUUUCACACGGAGGGGCCAUCUUGCUACACAUCAGAGAAUCCACACUGGAGAGAAACCUUAUGAAUGUACACAGUGUGGAAAGGCUUUCACACAGAGUAGCUCUCUUGCUACACAUCAGAGAAUCCACUCUGGAGAGAAACCUUAUGAAUGUACACAGUGUGGAAAGGCUUUCACACACAGCAUGAGUCUUACUAGGCAUCAGAGAAUCCACAGUGGAGAGAAACUUUAUGGAUAUACUAACUUCGGAUAG